AUGAUCGGCAAGCCCCACAUGGUUCCUUGUACGGUGACUGGCCACUGUGGCUCUGUCCUGGUGCGCCUCAUCCCUGCCCCCAGUGGUACGGGCAUUGUCUCAGCCCCUGUGCCUAAGAAGUUGCUGAUGAUGGCCGGUAUUGAUGACUGCUACACCUCAGCCAGGGGCUGCAUUGCCACCCUGAGCAACUUUGCCAAGACCACCUCUGAUGCCAUCUCUGAGACCUACAGCUAUCUCACCCCAGAUCUCUGGAAAGAGACUGCGUUCACCAAGUCUCCCUGUCAGGAAUUCACUGACCAUCUUAUAAAGACCCACACCAGAGUUUCUGUGCAGAGGACCCAGGCCCUAGCUGUGGCCACCACAUAA